UCUAUACAUGCGGCUGGUGUGAGGGGAAGGGAGGCGAGUGUGUCUAAAAUGCGAAAAAAAAUGACAUUUCUCAACUCGCUGCACAGAACAGUAUACUCGUUAUGGAUUAUACUCAUAUCUCUCGAUAUGCAUAUACUAGAGGUAGAGAGCACGAGUGCAGCAGAAGUAGACCGACACUUGCAAAUGGGUGUGCAGAUGUUAGCGAAGGGCCAGCUUCAUGAUGCGCUCUCUCAUUUUCAUGCUGCCAUAGAUGGUGAUCCGGCCAACUACUUGAGUUAUUACCGUCGCGCCACAGUGUACUUGGCCCUGGGCAGAGCGCGGCCAGGUCUUCAGGAUCUGGAUGAGGUGAUUAAGCUCAAGCCCGACUUCACUGCCGCCCGUGCACAGCGUGGUGGUGUCCUGGUCAAGUUGGGUCGUCUAGAGGAGGCUCACAUUGACCUGGAACACGUGCUACGGAAAGAUCAAAACCACGAGGAAGCGAAUAAGUUAUAUGUGACGAUAGAACCACUGAAAAAGGAAAUCCUGGAGGCAUACUCAAGUGUUAGAACAGGGCGUUAUCAGCAUGCUAUCCUCCUCCUGAAGAACAUCAUUGAGCGAUGCCCCUGGGACGCUUCCCUUCGUGAGUUGCGCGUGGAGGCCUACCAGGCUGUGGGGGAUAUCGCAAGUGCCAUCGCCGACCUGCGCGUCACCACCAAGCUCAUCCAGGACAACACCUCUGGGUUCCUUAAGCUUGCCACACUCUACUAUCAGACGGGUGACGUGGAGCAGGGGCUGAAUGAAAUUCGUGAGUGCCUGAAGUUGGACCCAGAUCACAAGGAGUGCUUCACUUUUUACAAGAAAGUGAAAAAGGUCAACAAACUAGUCACUAAUGCUCAGGAGUUUGCAAAUGAGAAAAAGUAUGAGGAUUGUACUGCUACGGCAAGCAAGAUCCUCAGAGAAGAAAAGGAGUACGAUGAAGUCAGGUUCCUCGCCUAUGACAAGCUGUGCCAGUGCCAGUCUCGCACGGACUCAGAAGCUGCUGUGGAGGCGUGCCAGAGGGCCAUUGACAUUAAGGAGGAGGCAAGACUUUACUGUGAUAUGGCAGAAGCCCUCUUGCUCGAGGAGAAAUAUGAUGAAGCUUUAAAUAGUUACCAGAAAGCCCUCAAUAUUGAUGAAGGGCUUCAGAGAGCCAAGGAAGGUGUCGACAAGGUGCAGAAACUUAAAAAACAAGCUAGUAAAAGAGAUUAUUAUAAAAUCCUUGGCGUUAAAAGAUCAGCUGGCAAGGACGAAAUCAAAAAGGCUUAUAGAUCAUUAGCACAAAAGUGGCAUCCAGACCACUACGAAGGAAAAGAGAAGGAGAAAGCUGAAAAGAUGUUCAUUGAUAUUGCAGCGGCAAAGGAGGUGCUGACCGAUGAAGAAAUGAGGAAGAAGUUUGACCAAGGAGAAGACCCUCUUGACCCAGAGCAGCAGCAGCAGGGCCCUGGUGGCCAGGGUUUCAACCCCUUCCAGCACUUCCACUUCCAGCAUGGAGGCUUCCCUGGUGGUGGAUUCCAUGGUGGAGGUUUCAAAUUUCACUUUAACUAAUGCAGUGCAUUUUUUAGUGUUUUUUUGUAAAUCCUUAGAAAAAAAAAGUUUAUUUAUUAUAUAACUGGAUUUGUAUGUGUGAGAUGGCUGGAAUUACUUUUUUGUCACUAAACACAAAAUUAUGAAAUAUCACAUUAAAUAAAAGUCAAAAGGAAAUGUAAGAUCAUACAAAGUAGCUCAUCACUAAAUUGGGCAAGCUAUUUAUAAGUUCUACCUUUAAAUGUUAUCAUUAUUUACAAAGAAAUCACAAUCCUUGAUCAUUAAGAAAUAUAAUUGGUUGACUGUUCACUGAACAGGAAGUUCAUUGCUCUAGAAGGAAAGUCAGUAAAGAAGAAAAUGCUCAGGGGUGUCUAUGGCAUCUUACUUGCAACCUGCUUGAAUUUAAUCUGAAAGUUGAAUAUUUUAAGGAUCAUAGUAUUUCAGGGAUUACAGUUCUAGGCCGCCAACAUCUUAAGAAACUUACACUCUAGUGCCUUGCAUUUUGGUCUUUUUAUUUUUUGUUUUAUUUUAUUCAUUUUAUAACCUCUUCUUCCUUUGUCAGAAAAUAUUUCCUUUAAGAUUUUGAUUCCUUGAUAAUUCAUGUUGUAAUUGAACUUCUGCUGACAGUGACUGAUCAAUAGAUUUGCGAGUGGUGAUGGAGUGAGUGUUAAAAAUUGUGUUGAUGUGUCACAAUUUGUAUUUCUUUCUAGCUAGAAGAAAUUGUCUGUUCUGACCAUUAGUAGCAAGGGAAUGGCACAUGAAAGAUUCCUCUCCUUUACUAAUGGAUUAAUGUGGAUUUUUGUUUUCUUUGUCUUUCCAUUUUUUGUUACAGGCAUUUGUUUUGUUAUCAUAAUGUAUGAUUUUACAUUUUCUUUCUUGAACUCUCUACCUUUUCAUAGAAGGCUAUUUGAGAAGCAUUUAGGGAGAAAUCAUAUUCAUGCAAAUUCAUGAUGUCAUCAGUAUGUAAAUUGUACAUCCACAUAGCACCUCAAGGUAGGACAGAUAUCAUGUACCAUUAUGAAAUCAGAAUAACAUUGUAAGAGCUGAAAGUAAAAGGAUUAUCAUUAUUUGAUAUAAAAGUGUUACUUCAUUUCCUUUUUUCUUCUAUUCCAAUGCUUUUCUCCAUUUCUUCACUUUUUAAAAUAUAUUAUUGCACUGUGGCAGUAUUACUGCAUUACAUUGGAUUUCUCAGAAUAGUGCAAAUUGUUUGGCAUUUUUUUGAGCUGCUAAUAUAGAUUUGCUUUCUGCUCAUUAGGGUAAACAUAAAUUUGAGUAAUCAAGUCAUGUAACAUGUAGCUUGAAUCACAACUGGACAUUUAAUUCAGAAGUGUAUUUAAUGAACAAGAGUUACUCACUUUUAAAAAAUUCAUUUCACCAAAUUCAUCUGUGAACAGUAUUGCAGCAACCAAAAUAUCUUACACUAACUCAGGCAGAUUAGGUAAUGCUCUGCUUUGUCCCUUGCUCCUGAGUAAAGCUUAUUGCUUUCACUUCUAACCUUCAUUAGACAUGGAAGAGGAUUGUUUCAUGAAAGUUACCUCCCUCUGUGUAAUAAUAGUGUAAUGUCCACAAUUUGAUGGCAUUGUACAAUCAUUUUUAAAAGCAGACAAUGUAAGACUAAUGUUUAGAUGUCAAGGUCAAAGAUAGUAAUUCCAAAACUAAACAAGAUAAAGAAAUUAGUUGCCUUUGAGAUGUUUACCUCCAUUUAGGUGGUGGGUCAUGAUGCCUCAGCUCUGCAUCGUAUUUAAUGCUAGUUCUAAAAUCAAUUAAAUUAGGACUAAGUCAAGUAAAGUUGUAAUACUGAUGACAUCUCAAUCAUAGCUCUCAUCUCUUGAAUUCUGUCAUGAGAAGAUUCCCAGAUUCCCAGACUUUAGUUCAUCAAGAACAAAUUGUAUCGAACGAAUAACUUUACAUAUGGCAGAAUAAAAUAUUCGUGUUAAGACUUGUAAGAGUAUUUUCAGAAGUGUUCAUUUUCUGAGUAUGUGAUGUAAAACUAAUUGAAAUUAAAAUGUCAUUCAUACAGAAAUAUGCAAAGGAAUACAUGUUAAGUACAAAACCAUGUAUGAACAUCCAUCCCUGUGUAUUUAAAGACUGUAAAGGUUACCUGUGGAUUUGCAAAUGUUAUGUAUAUAUGAAAUAACAAUUUGUUUCUCAUGAA